UACCCGGCCGGGCCACCGGGGGACCCCUGGGGACAGGGGGUGACACUGCCACCCCCCCGAAGAGAGGGAGGGACCGGGCUCCCCCUCCAACCCCCGCGACGCUCUGGGGGGGCUCUUCCUCUGCCCCGCUUGUGUGGGGACCCCCCCCCCAUGGGCAUGGGGACCCCCCUGUGGUGACAGUGACACCCCUGGUGACGGUGACAGUGACACCCCUGUGGUGACAGUGACACCCCUGGUGACAGUGACACCCCUGUGGUGACAGUGACACCCCCCUGGCUGUGGUGACACCCCUGUGGUGACAGUGACACUCCCAUGUCCCAGGGGGACCCCCUCAGCCACAGUGCCCUCCCCAUGACCUUGGGGACACCCCUGUGGUCAGUGACAGCCCCAUGAUGGUCAUGGGGGGGCUCCCAUGGUCACAGUGACCCUCCGGUGGCUGCAGUGACCACCACAAUGCCACCCUGGUGACCACAGUGACCCCCUGGUAACCACAGUGACCCCCCAGUGCCACCCUGGUGACCACAGUGCCACCUCGUGUGACCGCAGUGACCCCCUGGUGACCACAGUGACCACCCCGUGACCACAGUGACCACCCUGGUCACCACAGUGCCACCUUGUGUGACCACAGUGACCCCCUGGUGACCACAGUGACCACCCUGGUGACCACAGUGCCACCUUGUGUGACCACAGUGACCCCCUGGUGACCACAGUGACCACCCUGUGACCACAGUGACCACCCUGGUGACCACAGUGCCACCUUGUGUGACCGCAGUGACCCCCUGGUGACCACAGUGACCACCCUGUGACCACAGUGACCACCCUGGUGACCACAGUGCCACCUUGUGUGACCGCAGUGACCCCCUGGUCACCACAGUGCCACCUUGUGUGACCACAGUGACCCCCUGGUGACCACAGUGACCACCCCGUGACCACAGUGACCACCCCCGCAGUCACCCCCCCUACGUCCACAAUGCCACCCUCCAAUGGCCACCGGGCCACUUUGCCGACCACCCCACGAGCACAGUGCCGGCUGUCACCACGACUCCCCAGUGACCGCCGUGUUACCCCGAUGACCCCCAGUGACCCCGCUGACCCCCCCGUGCCCCCCCCGCGGUGCCCCCCCCCCCGCCCACGGCCGCCCGGUGCCCGCCGCCCCCCCCCACGCCGACGAUGCCGGUGGCCACGGUGACGCCGGUGCUGGCCGUGACCUCCACGCCCAUGGCCGGCCGUGAGUACUCGCCCGCGGCCACCACGUCCGAGAAUGGCGGCGGGAAGAGGAAGCAGAAGGAGAAGGAGCUGGAUGAGCUCAAGAAGGAGGUGAACCUGGAUGACCACAAACUGUCCCUGGAUGAGCUGGGCAGGAAGUACCAGGUGGAUCUGUCCCGGGGCCUGACGAACGCGCGGGCGGCCGAGAUCCUGGUGCAGGACGGUCCCAACGCGCUGACGCCGCCUCCCACGACCCCCGAGUGGGUGAAGUUCUGCCGGCAGCUCUUCGGGGGCUUCUCCAUCCUGCUCUGGAUCGGAGCCAUCCUCUGCUUCCUGGCCUACGGCAUCCAGGCUGCCAUGGAGGAUGAACCCUCCAAUGACAACCUGUACCUGGGCGUGGUCCUGGCCGCCGUCGUCAUCGUCACCGGCUGCUUCUCCUACUAUCAAGAGGCCAAGAGCUCCAAGAUCAUGGACUCCUUCAAGAACAUGGUGCCCCAGCAAGCGCUGGUGAUCCGCGAGGGCGAGAAGAUCCAAAUCAACGCCGAGAACGUCGUGGUCGGGGACCUGGUGGAGGUGAAGGGCGGGGACAGGGUGCCCGCGGACAUGAGGAUCAUCUCCUCGCAUGGCUGCAAGGUGGACAACUCGUCACUGACGGGAGAGUCGGAGCCGCAGACGCGCUCCCCGGAGUUCACGCACGAGAACCCUCUGGAGACGCGCAACAUCUGCUUCUUCUCCACCAACUGCGUCGAAGGGACCGCGCGGGGCAUCGUCAUCUCCACGGGUGACCGGACGGUGAUGGGCAGGAUCGCGUCGCUGGCUUCGGGGCUGGAGGUGGGCCGGACACCGAUCGCCAUGGAGAUCGAGCACUUCAUCCGCCUCAUCACCGGCGUGGCCGUGUUCCUCGGCCUCUCCUUCUUCAUCCUCUCCCUCAUCCUCGGCUACACCUGGCUCGAGGCCGUCAUCUUCCUCAUCGGCAUCAUCGUGGCCAACGUGCCCGAGGGGCUGCUGGCCACCGUCACGGUGUGCCUGACCCUGACUGCCAAGCGCAUGGCGCGCAAGAACUGCCUGGUGAAGAACCUGGAGGCCGUGGAGACGCUCGGCUCCACCUCCACCAUCUGCUCGGACAAGACCGGGACGCUGACCCAGAACCGCAUGACCGUGGCCCACAUGUGGUUCGACAACCAGAUCCAUGAAGCCGACACCACCGAGGACCAGUCGGGUGCCACCUUCGACAAGCGCUCGCCCACCUGGGCUGCCCUGGCGCGCAUCGCGGGGCUCUGUAACCGCGCCGUGUUCAAACCGGGCCAGGAGAACGUCUCCAUCUCCAAGCGGGACACGGCCGGGGACGCGUCCGAGUCGGCGCUGCUCAAGUGCAUCCAACUGUCCUGCGGCUCCGUGAAGAGAAUGCGCGACCGCAACCCCAAAGUCACCGAGAUCCCCUUCAACUCCACCAACAAGUACCAGCUGUCCAUCCACGAGCGCGAGGAGGACCCCCAGGGCUACCUGCUGGUGAUGAAGGGAGCCCCUGAGCGCAUCCUGGACCGCUGCUCCCGCAUCCUCCUGCAGGGCCAGGAGCAGCCCCUGGACCAGGAGAUGCGCGAGGCCUUCCAGAACGCCUACCUGGAGCUAGGGGGGCUCGGGGAGAGGGUCCUGGGGUUCUGUCACCUGUACCUGCCCCCGGACAAGUUUCCUCGCGGGUUCCGCUUCGACGCGGACGAGGUGAAUUUCCCCACGAGCGAUCUUUGCUUCGUGGGUCUCAUGUCCAUGAUCGACCCCCCCCGCGCCGCCGUCCCCGACGCUGUCGGGAAGUGCCGGAGCGCAGGCAUCAAGGUGAUCAUGGUGACUGGGGACCACCCAAUCACGGCCAAGGCCAUCGCCAAAGGUGUCGGGAUCAUCUCCGAGGGCAACGAGACCGUGGAGGACAUCGCGGCACGGCUCAACAUCCCUGUCAGCCAGGUGAACCCCAGGGAGGCCAAGGCGUGCGUGGUGCACGGCUCGGACCUGAAGGACAUGAGCUCGGAGCAGCUGGACGAGAUCCUGCGCAACCACACCGAGAUCGUGUUCGCCCGCACGUCCCCCCAGCAGAAACUGAUCAUCGUGGAGGGGUGCCAGAGACAGGGUGCCAUCGUGGCGGUGACAGGUGACGGUGUCAACGACUCUCCGGCGCUGAAGAAGGCGGACAUCGGGAUCGCCAUGGGCAUCGCCGGCUCCGAUGUGUCCAAGCAGGCGGCCGACAUGAUCCUGCUGGAUGACAACUUCGCCUCCAUCGUCACCGGCGUCGAGGAAGGCCGCCUGAUCUUCGACAACCUGAAGAAGUCGAUCGCCUACACCCUGACCAGCAACAUCCCCGAGAUCACCCCGUUCCUGCUCUUCAUCAUCGCCAACAUCCCGCUGCCGCUGGGCACCGUCACCAUCCUCUGCAUCGACCUGGGCACCGACAUGGUCCCCGCCAUCUCGCUGGCGUACGAGGCGGCCGAGAGCGACAUCAUGAAACGGCAACCACGGAACCCCCGCAGCGACAAACUGGUCAACGAGAGGCUCAUCAGCAUGGCCUACGGCCAGAUCGGGAUGAUCCAGGCUCUGGGCGGGUUCUUCACGUACUUCGUGAUCCUGGCGGAGAACGGCUUCCUGCCGGGAACGCUGCUGGGGAUCCGCCUGGCCUGGGACGAUCGCUCCAAGAACGACCUGGAGGACUCCUACGGACAGGAGUGGACGUACGAGCAGCGCAAGGUGGUGGAGUUCACGUGCCACACGGCCUUCUUCGCCAGCAUCGUCGUGGUGCAGUGGGCGGAUCUCAUCAUCUGCAAAACCCGCCGCAACUCUGUCUUCCAGCAGGGCAUGAAGAACAAAAUCCUGAUUUUCGGGUUGCUGGAGGAGACGGCGCUGGCGGCGUUCCUGUCCUACUGCCCGGGCAUGGGGGUGGCGCUUCGCAUGUACCCCCUCAAGUGAGGGACACCCCAAAAUCUGAGCCCGAACCCCAAAAUCUGAGCCACAUCCUCACCCUCCGGGGUUUUUGUUUUUUUUUUUGGGGGGGGUCAGGGUUACCUGGUGGUUCUGCGCCUUUCCCUAUUCCCUGUUGAUCUUCGCUUAUGAUGAGGUGCGGAAACUGAUCCUGAGGCGAUACCCCGGAGGUGAGAGGGGACCCCAAAAAU